AUGGCGCCAAAUGAGGGAGGUACGGCUCUCGUCGCUAAACGCAGCCGUCCACUGUUACAUUAUAAAGAUUUGGGCCUAGUCUUGCAGAACCGUAAGGUUCGUCUGACGUGUGUACACAUGUCCGAAAACUUUUUUGCGUGCGGCGCUAACAAUGGUAGCGUAUAUCUGUAUGCGGUGUCGUCGCUGAGUCGCAACGAAGGUGACCGGAUUCCCGCUAAAUAUCAUCUGGUGAAGACGAUCUCGCCGCCUAGCAACGACCGCGUGCCUGUCACAUGUCUGAGCAUUUGCCCGCUUCAAAAACGUCUUCUAGUGGGUACGGUGCGAGGCAUCGUUUACGCGAUUCAUCUGUCAGACUACCACAAGAUUGGCGAGAAAGUCGAGUUUUCGCAUGACUUUCACGCAGGUUUUCCCAUCACCUGCUUUUUAUGGGACAAACGCGGCACAAGGCUUUUUUCGGCUUGUAACGCAGGUCGUGUUUGUCAGACAGUCUUGCGUGCUGGUGUGUCAGCCUUUUUUGGAAGCACCGACACUGAACUUCUACUCAAGGAAGAGUCGGGUAUCGUACAGUUGGAUCUUGCAAAAAGCGAGCAAUCGUAUAUUUUAAUGGUGUCAUCUCAAUCAAGGGUUUUGCUACUUAAUCUCACUUCUGGAGAUGGAAGUGCUGUUCAGAUUGGUACAAAGGCAAGGCAAGGAUCGUAUGGAGCAUGUUUCUUUACAAGUCUGAAUGCUGAAUCGAUUGACCCGGCGAAAAGGCGGGAAACCAAGGUGUUUUCAUCGCGGCCUGGCCGACGUGUGUGGGUGGCAGACCCGCAAUCGGGUCUCGUAUCGUCAACCUUAAAGUUCUCGCUGGGGACAAAUCCUACACAGUUUCUUCAAAGUCCUGACUGUGCUAUGGAAGAAGGAAUACGACCCCGAAAUCUGUCCAUCAACAAACUUGGUCUUUUCCGGUCUGUGCUAGAACCCCCCUACGCACCCCAAGACGUUAAAGAAGCGAAUCCGUUGCUAGUGAGCUGGAAUGUCGGAUCAAGUGUGCUGUUCUUCCUUGAUCCCUCUGCCGUCGAAAUUAUCGAGUGGCAUCUAGAUUUAGGCAUUAUUCACGACUUGCAGGUUGUCGACGAUACUACUCUAGUCAUCCUUCAUGGUGAUGCGCCCAAGGUGUCCAUGAUUGAGUCUUGCUCAGCAGGUCAGUUUCUUCAAAUAUAUAGUGCUGGUGAUGUUAAUAAGGCUUGUGAGCUUGCCAUCCAGUUUAAUAUAAAUGACGCCACUGUUUUAGAAGCACUCCAAAUUCAAUGGUUAGCUCAUCUGGACGAAAAUGCCUCUGUAGAGAAUGAACAACUAUCUUCUUCUUUAGAGGCACUAGUGCGCACGACUAUGGCACUUAAAGCAGAGUAUACGGCGGCAACUCAGUCAUAUUUAUCGAAUUUGACUGAUUCGCAGCCACUGCAAAUUGUUUUGAAACAGCGUCCACGGCAAGGAAGUCAGGUUUACUCCCAAAGUGAUACAUUUGCGGACCAAAUUGACAUUAAGGACACAGACGUGACACUGAGAAGUAGCAAUCUGCACAAAUCAGUUGAAUACUAUGAUGUUUUGGCGUCUUCAGAUCAUACAUACUCAAAGUUUAUUUGUGCGCCCGAUGGUUCUUUUGUGGAAGCUAAGCUAGUGGAAAUACCAGAACUACCACGAUCUGUGUCCGUGCUCGCCGAUGACUCUCGAAAUACUUACAUGGAGGAAGUGCUGGAUGAAGUUAAAAAAUCUGAAAUAACGCGGAACGAGGAAGGUGGAAUGAACUUGAGCUUGCUGCCGGUCUUAAAAGGUGGUACUUCAGUCGCAGCGAAGGCGUUUUCAGCAUUUAUUCCACGUGGCAGCAUGUUUACACACCUAAUGGAUGGGUCGAUGAUUCCUAAUUCACUUGGUCACCCCAGCGCUUCUGGGAUCUUUGGUGAAUAUCCUGAACUUGAUGAUGCCGAUCUUGUGAUCGAUAUGGACCCUCGACUAUUGAAAAGAAGUUUUACUCCUGGCCAAAGGCUAACAACUGACACAAAUGAAUGUUCUGUACUUCGGAUCGCAAUGUCAACAAUUGGAGAAGCAGACGAAAGCAAUCUUGACACUGAAGUUUUAAUGGAGGCAAUAUCUAUGGAUAUCUGGGACUCAAAACUGAAGUAUACAUCAAAUUUGCCAAUCAAAGAACAGCUUAAUCUCCUAGAGUGUGGCCAGGAUAGCAAUCGCAAUGGCGCAGUUCACGCUCCCACUAACACGAGUGCAAACAAUCAAGAAUUGAAGGAUGGUUCUGAACGAAUGUCAACAUUGCGGGAUUCGAGUCCUUCUCAGAUAAAUAAUUUAACACUGCAGAUACCUGAUUCUAAAGAUUCCUCGUCUGAAACCAACACCUCUAUGCACAAGCUCAAAAGUCGACUGAUACAUCGCGCAUCAAUGUCUCCGGAUGCAAGACGUGCAGCGCAGCGUGCGAUUCAUAACCUUUUUGGGGCCGCUCCGGGCUGUGAAAUUAAGCUAAAAUGUAUGGUGGGUGGUCGUAUCGCGGUCUCGUCGGAGCUAGAGUCAAGCAUCCGACGUGAUGUCAGCGAGUUAGUUUCAGAGCUUCAUGCUGCGACGACAACUGCCGAGAAAACAAAAGAACUUACGCGGAGACUAUGGCCGGCAUCUGGAAUUACAAGAGUAUGUGCAUGCCUUUCCAGUAUGUACUUAUUGCAGGGUGACAUGAAUAAAGUACAGGCAACAAUUAGUGCUUGGCUAAACUGUUUUGACCCCACGCAGCACGACUAUCCUAAGAAAGGAGAUGAUGAACGUAUUGACGAUAGAAAUAUCUCCUACAAAAACUCACCUGGCUUUGCCCGCGGUGAGGCACUUAUUGAUGGCGAUGGACUGCCGCUUACAAGAGGCGACUGGAAUCUGGUGCGGACACUUGUGUCAAUAUUUUUUGCAAUCUGGGCUGCAGGAACAAAGCUGCUUGUACAUCCCUUGAAUUGGCAAGAUCACGGCGAUGGAAAAUGUUCGAGGAUGUAUGAAAGCGAGAUGGGAGUAAAAAUGACGCUGAAGCCCCGUUAUAUAUGGACCAGUGAUGAUAGCGACUUUGGAAUUGAAGUCGCUACCGCAGAUGAAGCUAAAACAUUUGUUGGCAAAUACGGCGCCUAUAUAAAUCCCGACCUUGCUGCUGAAGUCUGCAAUCUUCGUCAAUUUACAGGAGCACUUAGAAUUGUGCUUGAUAAAGUCGUCUCCAGCGCUGAUAUGGAGGAAGUGUGUGAUUCCAUUGUCAGCUGUAUUUCAGAAAAGGAUAGUGGAAAAGCCCUUUUGAUGCUGAAAGAGUGUGACUCUCUUUGCCUCUUGCUACACUUGCUGGACAUUUUUUUGAAGAGAUGUCCUAAGGAUACGAUAGAGCUGUGCGUAAAUAAGUAUCCAGUGCUGUAUCCUUGGAACAUUGAACAAGCUCUAUUUGGUGUUGAAUUUAAUUAUGAGGCUGUCGAAAAUGGUGUUCCUGAGAUAUUGAAGCCGGCAACAGUAGUUCAGACGUCAAAGUAUUUUCGAUACCUGUUGCGACUCCUCGAAACCAAAGGAGACGAAGCCGGCAAAGAUGCACAAGUUGUCAGUAGGUGCUUGGAUUUGUGUUUCGCUGGUAGUGGGGUGGUGGGCGAGGUGUUUGACAACGACGAAAGACCCAGCUGCACGACAUGGGUUGCGACACUUGUUCGUCAACCGGAUAAGUUUGUUUACGAUCAUAGUAAAUGCUGGAACAUGUUCGUAGAUCACAAAGCGUUACUGGCUUUGAUAGAAUUGACGAUGCUUUCGUUACAAUCACACAAUGACGCAGCAUUACUACAACGUGGAUUUGACGAAUUGUCGAUGCUAGUGACCCUUAUUGUAAACAGCGAAGAGCUGGUCAAUUUUAUCGCAGUCUUCAAACGAGUAGCUGUUCUACCACACGUCUCAGAAGAGUGUUUUUCGAAAAUCUUGAACCAGAUUCAAGCAUCUUUGUCAGUCAGUAAUAACGAGCGUUUGUGUUCAGCAGUAAUACACGCACUUUUGAAUUCAGUAGAUCUUGAAUAUGGCGUGCGCGUUCUCGCCCGAUAUCCGAUGCUGGUUGAUGCCACACCAAUGCAAACGUACCACAUGAUUGUUGAGGCACAAGUCCUCACCAAGCGCCAGAAGCACGAAAUGUUACGAAUUCUAGAGAUUGUGGACUCCAACGUCUGGGCAUCAUACAAGGAGAAUGUAUCAGCCAGGAGCUCCGUGUCGUUUGCUCCACAGCUUGCCGCCAUUCUACAGCUUGAAAUGGGUGAGAUUCUACCUGCCAUGAGUCGAGAACAAUAUGAGUUGUGGUCUGCGACGUGCGAGCAUUAUGAUAAAGAGACAACAGCGCAUCGUACGAAGAAGGCUGAGAGAACUGGAGUUGAUGUUGGACUUUUCGAAAAACUAAUGAGCUUUCACAUUCCGAAUUCGUUAAGUGGAGCUUCAUUGGCUUGUCGAUCUUUUGAAUAUCGAAACAGUGAUUGGGGUGGAGAAGUGCAGUUGCAUGAUUCCACUUGCAGAACGUGCGAGCUUCCAGUAGUCAUCAUUAGUGACGACACUAAUUUGGAUGUGGUGCUACUCCCUUGUGGUCAUGCUUAUCACAAGUUCUGUUUGGAAGAUAACUCGUGCCCAGCUUGUUUGGAGACCAACUUGAGCACCGUUAUGUGUACUUCGAAUCUUGAGUGGACUUGUCUGAGGCGGAAUCGAAGACAUUUUUCCGCGCUUGCCGCGGUUCACUACGAGUGCCACUAA